GUCAAAAUCGGGGACCUAUGUCUCGGUGAUCUAAAGAGUCACAUCCGUACGAAUGCCGCGUCGAACGAUGUCCCCAACCACAGGUGGGCACCAGAGCUGUAUGAUUCGGACUCCCCAGAUUUACAUCCCGCCAUUGAUUUAUACGCCUUCGGAAUGCUGUAA